CGAAAUAGUCAAGAGCGAUAAGAGAACGGACGAACAAACUCACGGGCACGGCAAUGAUUAUCCUGAAUCUCCGCUUCACGAGCUGAAGGCGCAUGGUUCCAUCUCCACCGAACAUUUCCGGAGCCAUUGGAUUUGCAUAAACUUGAAAUAUCAUUUCGCGCUUCGAAGACACGCAACACGACAGCAAGAUGGCGGCGAGCAAGAAUGAAAGCGCCUCUAAACAGGAGAAGUUCCCUACGCAAUCCUCAAAUGUUAAACAAGAAGUCCAAUCCCAUGCACCACCCACACUCUUCUCCAGCAACCCCGACAAAGCCUGGGUCGAGAAGUUCUUCCUGGCCUACACGCCAAUAUGGAUGGCAUCAAUGGCGUACAUGAUGUUCAGCGGCGCGGUAUCAACCUGGGACGAUAAAGCGAUGUUCAUCCACGGCGUCGUGACCGGGACACCCGUUUUCAUCAUCCCGAUGUUGAUCGCACCGAGAUACACGAAUCGCCCAUGGCACGAAAGCUACUGGUGCAAAGCAAAUCUGUAUCUCGCGAUCUUCGGCUUCUUCGGGAACUACUUCGGCACGGAAUAUUUCUUCGAUAUGCUGGGUAUGACAUAUCGAUUCCCGCUCGUCACUACGACGUUGGAUUCCGCAUUGCUCGGCAAAGGCGUGCAGACGGUCCCUGUGAUUAUGUAUUUCUACACGCAUGUCUAUUUCAUGACAUAUCACGUCACGGCGAACAUCGCCCUACGACAGAUCAUGCGUCUGCGACUUCCCGGGAAGUGGAUUGUUUUCGGCAUCGCGACGUUUGUGAUUGGGUAUGUCUGGUCGUGGAUGGAGACGAAGGCCAUGGCGAAUCCGCUCAUGGAGACGCAAUUUUAUUAUGAGAAGAUGGAUGUCAUGUUGCGGUUUGGAUCGGCGAUUUAUGCGACGUAUUUCGUUGCGAGCUUUCCCAUAUGGUAUUUUAUUGACGAGGAGAUGGAGAGUGAUUGGGGAUUGUGGCAGACGGCCUCAGCGGCGAUGAGUGCGAGUAUGAUUACGAUAUAUUUGUUGGAUUUCUCGGCACAAGUGAUCGGUUCACUUUGAAAGGGCUAAUUCAUUGGUGAAACCUUUUGCCGUAAUUGUACUGUACAUUCAAAUUAGGUGUUUAGAGCCUGCGCCAGAUGAAACAGAUAUCCAGAAGAGCGAGAUGUUGAUAUAUCGACUUGCUGGUACUGUAACAAUAACACAUUUCUA